AAACUUGCGAGUCCAGGAAGUUGACAGCCGUCUGUGGUGUGAAAGGACCGAACAAGGGAUCUUUAAAUCGCCACAAAACGCCUUUGUUAUUCACACCUUCACCUCUGGCUUCACCCUCCUGUCAUCAAUAUGGACUCCUCUUCAGUCCUUCGUCAGCAAAGUCAGAACAAAAUCCACAGUGACUUUCAGAGAAUGAAGAAUGAACACAACAAAAGGCAAGCAGACCCAAAGUCUUCCAAACCCAUGUCUGUAUCUCACCUCUCAAACAAAGACAGUGAGAACAAACCUCCUGGAAACUCAGAAAUCAGUAAGAAGGCACCUGUGCGACCAGGUGUGAGCAGACUUCCAGUGCUUGCAAAGUCCCUUCCUCUUCAGACUCCCAACGACUUCAGCCAGUCCCACAGCAGAUGGGAGGAGAAACCUCUGGCUGGGAAAACUAAGAAGAAAAAGCCAUGCACCCGGCCGGUACCAUUCAACCUGUCCCAGCCUAAAAACACUAGAAUAGCAACCGAAAAUCAACAAACUGUUUCAAAAUCAAAGACUGUUGCUCGCCCUGUCCCACCUAAAAACAACGUAUGCAAUGCAAAACCUACUAAACAUCAAUCUUCAUUAAAUCGCAAUGGGGACUUCAUCAAAGGUGGGGAAGGGAACCCUCAUGAAAAGACUACAGAAGGUUCAGCCCACCUGUUAGGACAGACUGAUCCUUUCAAAACUUUUAAGACUUCAGCCACUUUAUCCAAACCUGACAACACGAUGCAUCAAAAUAUGGCUGCUUCUUCUGUGCAGCCUGCUCUAAGUGCAGAAGUCUGUUUGAAUAACAUGAACCUGCUCAGUCUCAAAGAUUCAUCCAAGACAGUCAGCCAGACCACGAAACUGACCGCACAGGACGAUCUUUCAGAGGGUUUCAGUGGGGAGAAAUUUCAGCCCGACCAUGCAGCUUUACUCAGUGUCCUCCGGAAUGAGGGAGUCAGUGUCGCAUCACUGGCAUCUGCAACACCACACUCUAAACCAUAUAACUAUCUGCCUCAGCGGGUGUCCGUCAUGAAGACUCAACAAAAAACUGGACCCUUGACAGCGUCAGUGAAGUCGGUGCAGUUCGCCCCGGACCUCGCUGCACUGCAAAGCAUCCUCCAGAACGAAGGAGUGAAAGCUGCAGGGCCUGUAGGCGCCACCCCUCGAGGUUCAGUCUGUCCACCAGGCAGAGGCACCUCAAUCUACACCCCUCAGCGAGUGUCCGUCAUGAAAAGUCGACAAAAAGCUGGACCCGCUACAGUUAACCCCUUGUUCUCCCCGGACGCCGCUGCACUGCAAAGUAUCCUCCAGAACGAAGGGGUGAAAGCUGGAGGGCUUGUCGGUGCCACACCCCGAAACUCAGAAUGUCCACCAGGCAGAGGCACUUCAAUCUACACGGCUCAGAGAGUGCCGGUUAGAAAAGCUCGUGCAGAGGCGACUGGCGGACCAGUAGCGGUACCACUCAAAGAGACUCCGCUGAAGAAAUGGACUCCACAGAGGGUCCGCGACACCAAACACCAGCCCGUCAUGUCUGCCACGAAAUGGCAUCUGUCGACUCAACAGUCACCGUACGGCACUCCCGGACUCAGGAGCUGCAAAAACAACCUUCAGCCGCACCACGAGCAGGAGGUUGUCCAGAGAUUAUUUGAUGACCAAGAAGAUGAGCAAAGCGCGAAUGUGACAGACAAAGAUUCUGACACACAAGCAGAGCAGCUCCCAGUUCAAGCCUCACCUACUAAAUCCUACUAUGAAGAAAAGCCAGAGACAAGCAGGACCAACAGUCAUGAAGAGGAGGAGGAGGAGGAGGAGCAGAAGUCUGAGGGAGGACAGAUGUUCCUACAAGCACCACACAGGGAAUCUGUCAUUUUUUUCUCAACGGGCAAAAAGCUAAUCAGAGCCCCACAUUUCAAGAAGCAGGAGAUCUCAGCUCAGCAGGAUCACCAAGGUUUACUUUCAUCUGAGCAGAGAAAGCUGCAGCCAGUGCAUAAUGACACGUCAACUGAGUCAGAACCAACCAGUCAGACCAACCCUUGUGUUCAGCGUCUGCACAGAGACCUCGGUGUUCAGAAGACCUGUUCUCUGAGUCCUAUAGCGGCGAUGCUGCGUAAACGUCUUCCUCCGCUGGAGGAGCUACGUAUGGACGAGGAGGUGGCCACCUACACCUCAGUGUCUGUCCCAGCUCAUCCCGGGUGUCUGUCUCCUCGGCCUCGCUGUGGAAACCCGCUGGCCUCCAUCUUGCACUUUGAAGAGUCGACUAGAUUCGUUCCAAUUGACUUUGACUUCUCGUCCGGUCCUCCGUCUCCACACAGCUCUCCGCUGCAGGAGAGGUGAUUUGCACUACAAGUAUUUGUUUCACUGUGAAAAGUGACCUCAGUGUACUGAUGAGACUUUUUCAAUACAACUGUUUGUCCAACACUGUCGCUGCCAGAUCAAUAUAUGCUUUCUAGAAUUAACAAAAAAGAAGUUUUUCUUACACUGCAGAAGCUCUUGUUUGUCAAUAAAAUAGAUUAGAAACAAUGUUUAGUCCAAAGAUGUAUGUUGAAAAAUCUGUUUUUUUAAGCUCAGUGAAGACCUGAUCAGUGUUUAUAGGGAUAGUGAAGAUUUGAAUUAGAAAGCCUCAAAGCAUUGUUGUUUCUAACAAACCUUAUUGGGUGGAUGGAAAGUGAUUGCAAUGUACAGUGUUUAUAAUAAAUUGAUGUUACUGCUG